AUGGAAAACUUAGCAGCCCUUCAAAACUGGCCCUACGGCUUUGUCGCCGAUAGAUUCAAGAAUGAUUCCUUUUCUUGUUCACCUUUUCCUUCUUUUUUUCUUCUUCUUUCUUUCCUUUUGCAUUCUUCUUUUUCUUGUACCCUCAUUCUUUCUUUCUUUCUUUCUUUCCCUUUACAUUCAUCUUUUCCUUGUACUCUUUCUCUCUCUCUCUUCUUCUUGAUGUUUUCCAUUUACAUUAUUCCUUUUUCUUGUUCACCUUUUCCUUCUUUUUCUUUUUUUCUCCUUCUUGCUUUUCUUUUACAUGCAUGGAAAGAGGAAUUAGCAACAGAGGAAAACAACGAAUUUUACUGCCUUUCUUUCUUACUUCUUUUUCUUUCUUUACCUUCACGUUCAUCUUUUCCUUGUACUCUUUCUUUCUCUCUCUCUCUUCUUGAUAUUUUCCCUUUACAUUAUUCGCUUUCUUGUUCUCCCUUUCCUUCUUUUCUUCUUCUUCUUGCUUUCCCUUCACAUUCAUCUUUUCCUUGUACUCUUUCCCCCUCUCUCUCUCUCUUCUUGAUAUUUUCCCUUUACAUUGUUCCUUUUCUUGUUCUCCCUUUCCUUCUUUUCUUCUUCUUCUUCUUCUUCUUGCUUGCCCUUCACAUUCAUCUUUUCCUUGUACUCUCUCUCUCUCUCUCUCUCUCUCUCUUCUUGAUAUUUCCCUUUACAUUAUUCCUUUUCUUGUUCUCCCUUUUCUUCUUUUCUUCUUCUUCUUCUUGCUUGCCCUUCACAUUCAUCUUUUCCUUGUACUCUUUCUCUCUCUCUCUCUCUCUCUCUCUUCUUGAUAUUUCCCUUUACAUUAUUCCUUUUCUUGUUCUCCCUUUUCUUCUUUUCUUCUUCUUCUUCUUCUUCUUCUUUCUUGCCCUUCACAUUCAUCUUUUCCUUGUGCUCUUUCUCUCUCUCUCUCUCUCUCUCUUCUUGAUAUUUUCCCUUUACAUUAUUCCUUUUCUUGUUCUCCCUUUUCUUCUUUUCUUCUUCUUCUUGCUUGCCCUUCACAUUCAUCUUUUCCUUGUACUCUUUCUCUCUCUCUCUCUCUCUCUCUUCUUGAUAUUUCCCUUUACAUUAUUCCUUUUCUUGUUCUCCCUUUCCAUCUUUUCUUCUUCUUCUUCUUCUUGCUUUCCCUUCACAUUCAUCUUUUCCUUGUACUCUUUCUCUCUCUCUCUCUCUCUUCUUGAUAUUUUCCCUUUACAUUAUUCCUUUUCUUGUUCUCUUCUUCUUCUUCUUCUUCUUGCUUGCCCUUCACAUUCAUCUUUUCCUUGUACUCUUUCUCUCUCUCUCUCUCUCUCUCUUCUUGAUAUUUCCCUUUACAUUAUUCCUUUUCUUGUUCUCCCUUUCCUUCUUUUCUUCUUCUUCUUCUUCUUGCUUUCCCUUCACAUUCAUCUUUUCCUUGUACUCUUUCUCUCUCUCUCUCUCUCUUCUUGA